AUGGCUGGGACAGGAAGCCACUCCAGUCAAAUCUUUGUCAGUGGCAGGGACAGGAAGCCACUCCAGUCAGACCUUUGUCUGUGGCAGGGACAGGAAGCCAUUCCAGUCAGACCUUUGUCAGUGGCGGCGGUGUCUCUCCGAAGCCUUCACAAGAAAAAUAUUUAUCAUCAGAACUUGAGGCCAGAGAACAUCCUCCUCAGUACCCGUGACGUCGCCUUCAUCUCUGACUUUGGCGCUGCGUGUCUACUCUCUGAGGGAUGUGACAAGGUGGACACGUGGACAGCUGCACCUGGUUUCCGGGGACCCGAGGCGGACAAGGAGGAUGGUCAGCUCUGUCCAUUCCAACUGGACACCUACAGCCUGGCUGUCAGCAUGUGGCAGGUACUGUCUGGUCUGUGUCCAGUCAAGAACAAGCCUUUGGAUCACCUAGACAACAUUCCCCCACAGUACGCUGCCUUGUUGAGGAACCUUCUUCUUCCGGACCCCGACAUGAGAUGGACCCUGGACAAGUUCCUCACUGAGGCCCUGGAGCUGCACCCGGACCUGUCCUGUUUUCUCUAA